GAUCUGCAGCACUUGGCUCGAACAAAGCAUCCCCUAGGAUGGACUUUCACUGAAAUAAAAUUAUAAAAUAUUUAACGUACAUAAACACACAUUCGUGUGUCCAUAACACUUUAAACAGUAAAACAGUGAAAAAUUAUAUUCAACAAGUGUCCAUGUCGUUAGUACCUAAGUCAAUAUCUUUUGCCCGAGGCCAAGGACUAUAGUCAUGAAAUAAAAAUGCAUUAAAUUGUUUUAAUCAAACGUCAAACAGAAUGUUAACAAGAAAAUACAAUCUUACAGAUUUUCAAAUAGUGUAAACAAUCUCCAACAGAAAAUCGUCGGUCGAUCUAUAUUUAUCAAUGUCACAAUGACCUGUCACGGUUAGUUGAGAUUUUGACAUGUGUGUUUACCUUCGAUACCGUGCACAUGGUGUCCGAAAAAAUGCCUGUAUCCUCUAUCUAGAUGCUUGCUUGGAACCUUUGAGUGUUUGUUUAUAAUUUCCUGCACUUCUCCCAUAGAAAUAUUUGGAAUUGGUUUCAGAUUUCGGGUCCAACCAACAUCACUUAAUCCUUGUUUUGCCGUCGCCAUUUUUUUUCUGAGCACGGACCGUGUAAAUCAACCAUGCGUUAUCAGCCUCGUUUUGAGAUAAUCGAUACCGAGGCGUGAAUAAAGUCUAUUGAAGGAGCAGUGAGCUUCGGAAAUUGUCUGGUGUGCCGAGAUCAGCAUCGCAAGUCUGGGUCAUAUAUAUAAGUAACUUCUUUAUGUUUUGUUAUUAAGUACAACAAACGGAAAAUUGUGAGGGUUCGUUGAGGAGGUAGCAGCAAGGAGAGGGGAUAGCAGCUAAUGCCAAGUUGCAAGCAAACCAAACUUGAGAGCUUGACAAUUUGGAUAUGGCCAAUUUUCAAGACGUUUUUACUAGCACUGAAUAUCGAAAUUGGAUGAAAUGCCAUUUUGCACAAAGCCUUGCUAAGGAUGUUCUAACUGAUGUCGUUGAGGCAGAGAUUGAAUCGUUUCGUAUUCAGAUACUACACCAUGCUCAAGUCACUACGCUUCAGCCACAUGGCACAGUAUGUAACAAAUGCAUGACUCCUAAUGUUAUCAAAUGCCCUACAAAGACAGUGUGCAAAACAAAACACAGAGGCUGUAAAUUUCACAACAGUGUCGCUCUCAGUAACAGAAGAUGUCCAACGAACGGCAUGUGUGAUAGUUUAUGCAAAGCGAUUAUUGACAAUCAUCGUUUUAAAGGACCUUCCUGGAAAAAUACGGACGCAACCCAAUGGUGCACAAUCGCGUGGUCGAUUGCUAAAUGUUACAUGCCCCCAGAUGGGUACGAUAAUGUUAACACGGCUCAUGACACCGAUUUUAACGGCAUCGUGAAUAUCAUCAUAAACUGUAUCAAAUUUCAGAAGUACUUUAAAGACGACCUAAGCAAAUCUGCCAAUAUCUGUACAAAGGUUAGAGACAAGUGCAAAACGCUGAGACAUUCCCCUACUAUGACGAUGGCUGAUGACGAGAUGGGCCAUUUUAUAGACACCCUUGUGGGCAUUCUAAAUGAUUCAGUAUACGUGAACAAUCAUUCUAAAUUUACUGAGACAAUCCAGAAACUACGUAAGUUGAAAACAGAUGCAUUUGGGGUUUCUGCAACUGACAUGAACCGAACGUUAGAAGAUGCGCUAUUAAAUCUAACCACUAUGGUCAAGAGCUGCAGCGAUAUAAAGCUUGAGGACCGCGACUCUUUAAAAUUACAACAUAUGCUCAAUGUGGCAGACUCGCUGCACCAUCUCACUGGUGAUGUUCGAACCCGCAUAGAGCAUGCUCUUUCUGGUGAAAAGAAUGAAACGGCGUCGUCAAACAAAACGAUUGGCGCUGUUGCGGCUAGUGUCGCUGGUAUAGCAGGGGUUGCAUGCAUAACAGCGGCAUCAUUAAGUGUCGGCGGAGCUGGACCUGCGUCAAUGGGAGCCUGUAUGUCAAUGGGAGCCGGUAUAGCAGCAGCUACGUUUGCCUCGACUGCUGAAUGCACACUUGCCUUUGGUUCAGCAUUAUUAGGCGCUGUUGCUGCGCCUGUUGUGCCUAUCACGCUAGCAUCACUAUAUGUUUGGCGCCGUAUUCGUGUACCAGUUCAGAACGAAGGGAUUACAGCAGAGCCUACAAUUCCAGAGUUAAAUGAUCUUCGUCAAAUUAAAGACUUGCAAUUAGCGACAAUGACAAUACGGGAAAAAGUGAAACAACUGUUUAACCAGAGUCAUAUUAAGCCGUCCGAAAAUAAUUCAAUAGAAGCUGAUACGGUACAAGUGCAUAUGAAGGAAAAUAAAGUUCAUUACAUGAAAAAUUAACUCGUCUGUAAAACAUCAGUUGAAUAUAUGUUUAUGAUCAAAGCUUUGGAAAGAAAAGAUUGUAUAGUUUAUCGUUCUAUUGGUACAAUACGAAGUGUAAUUUGAAUUACAUCCAGAGGCAUCGCACGCUUUUAUGUGUACAUAAACAACAUGUUUGAUGAGCACGCAUGCCUCAGACAAUUGCUGCUGCUAGACACAGCUGUUUACUUUUGUAAACCAAGAAAUAGCAUAUCGCAAAUAAUUUCAAAGUUUAGUCUGAUCAUAUUGGUGGAGUCUUCAUUGUCAUUUGUAACAGAUGUGUAAUAGACAUAGUUCAGGUGUUGUAACAUGCCGUUGUGCUGUUGACGAACCAAUGAAAUUUAGCCGUCAAAGAUAAAGCCCUUUCAAUUAUUCUCGUUCCAGGUCAAAGUGAUAUUAGUAAAUAUGGGUUAGAGGUGAAUGGCAAUAAACUAUACAUGUGCAAAUAUCAAAGAUUUGCAAGGGUUCGUUGUUUUAAUGUAUAAAAAUAUGAGCAAUUCAUUGACGUUCGGACGGACAAAAAUUGGGACUUGACAAAACAAAGUCCCGUAUCAUCAUGAGUCACAGUGAAAGCUGUGUUUUAUUUUAAAGAUGUCUUUGAUAAUUGGAAUGUACACACUGCAAGAUGAAAUUCCAAUUGCCUUUGAAUGUUGGUGUUAACACGUAACCGUUCACGUCAAGAUAACUGCCUUAACACUUAAUAUAAUUAUAUGAUUAAAUAUAAAUUAAAGGCGUAUACUGACUGACGUCGUACAAAUAUUAACAAUUGCAUUUAUAUUAAAAACACCCAUGUGUUGAUGAAGUUAACUGUUCGGUCUAUUAGCGUCAAAUUUAACACUCAUAUUAUGUUCUUUUUUAAUGUUUAUUCGCUCAAAACUGUGAAGCGGCUAUAACGCGAUAUGCGUUUAAAGUUGCUUGAAGGUCCUUUUUAGAACACCUAUUGUUACUUAACAUACCUGAACGCUCGGUGUUGAUAUAAUUUAACACAAAGAUCGCAUUGAAAAUGCACAAUAUCCUUGUCUAUUAACGAACGCUUUGUUUCAACAUUUGUUUCAUCUGAACGCUGGAUGGUAUGAUGUCAUAGAUGGCAGAUACGUCGUCAUGUCGCCAAACGCGUAUGGAUACAGAUUUGUUUUACCGCAGCUUGUUUGUCGUCUCCUUUAGCCUUGUUUUGUGUGAUUCAUACUUAACAAUAUCCUGACUGUAAUAUCACGGUCAAGGUAUGUGAGAAAGACGGUAUAAUAUCAAGUGAGAACAUGCAUUCAAUUUAUAACUAC